AAGCCAAUCAGAAACCACAACAAACAAACAACACUUCCACUUCCACUUAGCUCGUAAUGAUCUCGUUAUUAUCAUCAACAAUGGACGAUAAGGUUAUCAUCACAACAAUCGGUUGGGUAACAAAUUUAAUGGUUCGCUUCAUUUGGUGGAAAACAACACAACGAUGACAACGUUGCUGCGCAGUGGAGUGUUCUUACUAUUAGCAAUUCUCGCGGGGAUUCCUCGUCAGACUGUGGCUGGUAAUGUUCUGGCCGUUUAUCCACACUUUGGCUUUAGCCACUCUAAGGUGGUGAUGCCUAUACUCAAUGAGCUGGCGAGGCGUGGUCAUCGGGUGACAGUGAUUUCAUAUGUAAAGAAUCUGGAGGGAAAAACCCUGCCCAACUAUGAGGAGCUCUUGAUUUCGGCUGCCGGAGAGGAUCAGUCAAGUACCACCAUUAAUUUGGUUCCCUUGACGGAGAAUACACCCACCAGAUCUUUGGGUGUGCUGUUCAGGGAGUAUCUAGCUCUUCAUGAGGAAGGUCAGGAGACCUGUGAGCAUCUCUUUGGCAGCGGACACAUUGAAACUGUGCUCCAGCGACACCAAAGCAAGCCCUAUGAUCUUUUGCUAACGGAAUACUUCAAUUCAGACUGCCAGCUGGCCUUGGCCAAGUUAAUGAAUCUGCCAAUUAUAGGCCUGAGUACUUGUGCCCUGAUGCCCUACUACUACGAUCGCAUAGAUCUACCAGAUACACCUUCGUUUAUACAAUCGGAAUUUGUGGGUUUUGCUGGAAGACUCAAGUGGCAUGAACGCUUGCUCAACUUUGUGCAAGCCAAGAUGCUCAAGUAUCUAUACAAAUAUCACUCGAAUCCAAAGGAUAAUGAAGUUAUAAGAAGGUAUCUUGGCCUGGAAAUGGAUGUGGAAGAAGUGGCUCGCCAGCAGACUGCUUUUAUAUUUGGCAAUCAACAUUAUUCCCUGAUGGGCAGUCGUCCACAGUCCUUGCAAUUUGUGGAAAUUGGUGGAGUUCACAUCACAGAAAAGGCAGAGAAGGAAUUACCUGAAGAUAUAACCAACUUCCUAAAUGAAUCUGAAAAGGGAGUAAUCUUCAUAAGCUGGGGCUCUAUGGUCCGUGCCUCCAGCAUUGAUGAUGAAAAGCUAAAAGCCAUGUUGGAGGUUCUACAAGGUUUAUCCUUGAGAAUUAUAUGGAAAUGGGAAGAGGAUGAGAAGGUCAAGACUCCUAAAGUGGAUUCCUCGAAAUUUCUAUUUGUGAAAUGGGCUCCCCAGUUGGCUUUACUUUGUCACCCCAAAAUCAAGUUAUUCUGGACCCAUGGCGGUCUUCUGGGCACUACGGAAUCCGUACACUGUGGCAAACCCAUGCUGGUUACUCCCAUUUAUGGUGAUCAAUUCUUGAAUGCUUUUUCUGUGCAAAAUCGGGGCAUGGGUCUCAAGUUGGACUAUGAAGAGAUUAAUGUUAAAAAUCUAAAGCAAGCCUUUAAAGAGCUAAGCAAAAACAGUUAUACCAAAAAUUCUAUACAAAUAUCCAAAGUUUUCAAUCAACGUCGGGAAACCCCCUUGGACCUGGCCAUUUGGUCUGUGGAGCAUGUCAUACAACAUGGCCUGGUGGCCAGUAAGCUCCUCCAAUCCCCAGGAAUUGAGCUAAAUGGUUUUAUCUAUCACUCUUUGGAUAGUAUACUCCUGAUCUUGCUUUCCUUUACUCUCUUAAUCCUACUUUUAAGUUACUUUUGUUGUAGAAAAGAUAAACCUAAACAUCUCAACAAGAAAUCAAAGACAUCUUAGUGCAAUUUUUGGUAACAACAAAAAUAUAUGCAUUAAGUUGGUAGUUAAAA